CUCGCGGAGGGAGCGGCACCAUCGGUAGCACAGCACCGUCGGCGAGAGUGAUGACCACCGGCGGCAUGGUUUUCCCCCCGGCGACGGCGGGGGAGACGGCUGGGCCGCAGGCACUCGUGGCGGGAGCGGCAGCAUCGGCAGCAGCACCGGCGGCGAGCUGGGGGACCACCUGCAGUCAUGUGUUCCCGGCGACGCCGGGCGUCGGGACGGCCGGGGUGCAGGCACUCGCGGCUAAAACGGUACCAUCGGUAACAGCACCGUCGGCGAGAGUGGUGACCCGCGGCGGCAAGGUUUUCCCGUGGCGGUGGAGGGGGAAACGGCCGGGCCGCACUCGUGGCGGGAACGGCAGCAUCGGCGGCAGCACCUGUGGCACUCGUGGCGGGCGGGAGCGGCAGCAUCGGCAGCAGCACCGGCGGCGAGAGGGGGGACCACCGGCACUCAUGUGUUCCCUGCGACGUCGGGCGUCGGGACGGCCGGGGUGCAAGCACUCGCGGCAAGAGCGGUACCACACGGCCGGGCAGCCGGCUCUCGUGGCGGAAGGGGCAGCAUCGGGGGCAGCCAAGGUGGCGAGAAGAGGGACCACCGGCAGUCAUGUGUUCCCGGCGACGCCGGCC